AUGAUCGCGAAUCGCCAGGAAGCCGCAUCCCUACUUGUGGAGGAGCGUGAGCAAAUUAUUCUCCCCGCCAAAUUCGUCGACUCUGGGGCCAAUGGCGAUGCAGACGAUGCCGUCGAAUGGUCAGCGUCUUUUCAAUGGCGGAUAGUGGCCUUGCUGGCGCUUGCCGCCUUUACAGUCACGUUCAACUGCGUAUCGAUAUUUCCCGUCGCCAACACCGUCAUACGUGACCUGAACGGCGGCAAUGCCACCAGGACGGAUGCCGUUCUCCUAGUCACAAUAUGGGAGCUGGGUGAGGCGGCGGGACCGCUCGUCAUCGCGCCUCUGUCCGAGAUGUUUGGCCGGUAUCCCGUAUACGUUGCUUGCAACGCCGUGUUUUUCUCGGGCGUCGUCAUGUCGGCACUGGCGCAAAACACAACCAUGUUCAUCGCGGCCCGCGCCGUGGCCGGCAUGGCCGUCGCGUCGAAUGUUUUGAACCCAGCGAUUAUCGGCGACAUGUUCCCCUCGGAGCAGAGGGGGUCGGCCAUGAGCAUCGUCAUGCUUGCGUCGCUCGUGGGCGGUAACCUGGGGCCGCUUUUGGGCGGAGUCGUCUCGCAGACGCUGGGUUGGCGUGCCGUUUUGCGGAUAGGCGCCGUGCUGGCUGGCAUUUGCGGGCUCCUCUUCUUGAUUUGCUUCAGGGAGACGUAUACGAGGUCCUUGGACGAGAAGAAGCUGGGCGUGCCGGGGGUUGAGGCUGUGGACGAUGGUGAAAGCGACGUGGGCUUUGAGACGAGCUCGUCGUGUCUGCUGGACGCGGUUUUGCGCCCUGCCCGCUUGCUGCUCGACUCUGGGGUCCUCGUGUGCCUUUCCCUGUUUGGCUCCGUGGUAUUCGCCCUCUUUUACGUCGUUUCCGUGACUCUGCCAGGCGUUUUGGAGGGGGUAUAUGGGCUAUCAGAAGCGGAAACGGGGUUAGCCUUCUUGGCAAACGGAAUUGGCUCCUUUAUCGGCAUCAUGCUUUCCAAGAUGUAUCUGGAUAAGACCUAUGUCAAGCUACGCGAGGCCAACAAUGGAAUCGGCCUACCGGAGUACCGACUCCCAGUGACGAUUAUCGGCGCUGUUCUGCUGCCUCUUGCGGUGGCUCUGUAUGGCUGGUGUGCGGCAAACCAAUUACCGCUCAUGCUCCUGCUCCUCUCUGUCGCGUUGAUGCGGCUGUUUCCAAUGUUGGCCUUUGUGCCCUUGAUGACAUACAUUGUGGAUGCGUUUGGUCUCUACUCGGCGUCUGCGAUGAGCGGCGUCAUUGUUAUUCGAUGCUUGGCUUGCGUCUUGUUACCGCUGGCUACGGUCCAUAUGAGUCAGGCUCUCGGCCACGGCUGGGGAUGUACUCUACUCGGUGCUGUCUGUAUGGUGCUUGCGUUGAUUCCCAUGGCCAUUCUCCGCUAUGGCCAGCAUUGGAGACAACGGUGCAGGUACACCAGCACCUUUCAAACUUGA